AUGCUUCCACCAACCACCAGAUUGAUUGCAUUUUCAACACUCCUCAGCUUUGCUUCCCCGCUUGCGGAGAACCAAAUCCCAACAACAGGUGUAUGGGCAUUCCACACGGAACCGAUAAGCAUUCUCACAAGGAAUUUGGGCAAAGUCCCAGUAUACCACACCCAGAUGCCAUCGUUUCCUAUUGAAAACUCGGAUCUUGAAUUUCCAUCAAUAACCUCGCCAGUGGAUAGCCUCGAUGGCAUCACAACCAUAAUUCAGGCAACGACAUCUGAGAUCAUCCUCAAGGCCACAAAAGUCAAAGGCUCAUAUAAGACCAUUAUUCAACUGCCCGCUCAACAUCAAUUGAUUGAUGGAUCACUUCCCUUCCAACAAUGUAACCCUGAUAAUGAGAUCGGUUUCUUGGUUGGUAAUUGUGAAACACCUAGGACUGUCACUGCAUUCAUUCCAAUCAUCUUUUCACAUGUCGAUGAUGUCCCUAAAUCAUUAAUAGUGUCCACACUUGCUUUGUUUUCAGCGAUUCCAGUGGAAAAAAAUUCCCCAAACACCAUGAUGGGCAAAUCGUCUCCCUCAGCAGUUAAGCCAACAGCCAUUAAUUCAUGCCCAAUGGCUUCUGCCCUAUUUUCGUCUUUGAACCCGAUCCCCGCUAUGAAUUCUGCUCAAAUGGCGCCUAGAUCAAAUUCUUCCGGGUCCGAAAAUCUUGCAAAGUCGCGUUCACUUCAGGUGUCAUCUGUCUUUUAA